GGAUCAGCAUCCGGGUGGGAGGAGUCGGUGAGGUGCCGAGUAGCACCGUCAGGGGCUGCGCAAGGGGAGAGGCCGUGUGGGGGCGGCCUGGGGGCCACGGAUGGCGGCGGAUUCUAUCCGGCCGAGGCGGCGGCGCUGGGGCUGAGGCGGCGGCAGGAGGAGGCGGGGCAGGAGGCGCCUCCCCUCCCUCCUCACUCCUCCCCCCUCCCACCCAGGAAUAGUCUUCCCCAGGAAAGCGAAACCCUGGAAGUGGAGUGUGACAAACAAGAGGAGUUCUUCUCAGCUCACACAGCUAAUUCUGGAACGGGCAGUCCCGAGCGCAGGCUGGGCUGCCAGGGAACCCAGGAGCUGGACGACUCGUCCCAGUGGCUGGCUGACCAGAAUGAGGCCAGUUCCCAGUAUGCACUGGAGCAGGACACCAGCACUACGACCACAAACGAAGCUAUUGGGACGAGAGGCAAAGAGCAAGAGAGAAUUAAAAUGCAGAGCAGUCCUCCCCAACAGCACCAUGCACUGCACACACAGACUGCAUCAGACAGAAUGACAGGCAGCAACCCAGUGUCACCAGCCUCAUCGGGCUCACCUGCCUCAAGUGGCAGCAUCUCUCCACCACAUCUCACCCAGGACUCCUCUCUAGACAGUCACCUGGGCUUUGAUGUUUCCAAGACACAAAACAGAACCCUGGUAUCGCCUGGGAUGUACACCUCCCCUGACCCAGCAAGCAUGUGGGACAAGACACAUGCGGAGAUCGCCGAGCAGGCCAAGCAUGAAGCAGAAAUUGAGAACCGCAUUGCUGAAAUGAAGAAGGAGGGAUUCUGGUCCCUGAAGAGGCUGUCCAAGGUGCCUGAGCCAGUUCGACCCAAAGUGCACUGGGAUUAUCUGUGUGAGGAGAUGCAGUGGCUGUCUGCUGACUUUGCCCAAGAACGUCGCUGGAAGAGAGGGGUUGCCAGGAAGGUUGUGCGCAUGGUGAUAAGGCACCAUGAAGAACAGAAGCAAAAAGAAGAACGAGCUAAACGGGAGGAGCAGGCCAAGCUGCGCCGCAUCGCCUCAUCCAUCGCCAAAGAGGUCAAGCAGUUCUGGAGCAACGUAGAGAAGGUUGUGCAGUUCAAGCAGCAGUCACGUCUGGAGGAGAAGCGGAAGAAAGCCUUGGACCUGCAGCUAGAUUUCAUAGUGGGCCAGACAGAGAAGUACUCAGACCUGCUGACCCAGAGCCUCAACGAGACCCUUCCAGUUGCCAGCAAGACCAGUGGCUCCCAUGCUGGCUCUACUGCCUCUAGCCCACCACCCCCCAGUCACCUCAUUGAGGAUGAAGAUGGGGAUUUCCAACCCCAUGAAGAGUCGGAUGAUGAGGAAACGAUUGAGGUGGAAGAGCAGCAGGAAGGGAAUGAUUCGGAGACUCAGCAACGGGAGAUCGAGCUUCUAAAGCAGGAGAGUGAACUGCCCCUAGAGGAACUACUGCAGUCACUGCCCCCGCAGAUCUUGGAGAACUCCUUCAGCGUGUCCCCUUGUGCCUCCAGCUCUGACAGUGAUGAAGAAGAGAAGGGUGACAGCGAAGAAGAGGAGCAGGAAGAAAAACAGACCUCCACAAACCUAAAGGAGGAGAAACUGAAGCCUGUUACUCAAAGGAAUAAAAAACCUUGGAAGCCAGAUGAAGAAGAUGAAGAGUUCACUGCUAAUGAAGAAGAUGCUGAAGAUGAAGAGGAGACAAUAGAUGCAGAAGAAAAGCUGGAAGGGGAUGUGGAUCACAGCAAGGAGCUGGAUGACUUGGCCGUGGAAGGUGAAUUGCCCAUGGAGGAAUUGCUGCAGAAAUAUGCUGGUGCUUAUGCUUCUGACUUUGAACUGGAGGAGUCGGACACUUCAUCUGAGGCCUCGGAGCCCAGCACUUCUGAGUAUGAGGAGGAGUCUGAGGAAGAGGACAGCAGUAGCCAGACAGAUUCCACAGAAGAUGUGGAGAGCGAGCAGGAUGAAAGUGAAGAGGAGGAUGCCAUGGAAGAGGAGGAGGAGGAGGAAGAGGCAGCUUCAGCAAGCCAGGAGGAGGAUUUUGGUGUUGAGUACCUACUCAAGCAGGAUGAGGAUCGUGGUGGUGAAGGGGACACUGAUUCAGCUCCAGCCCCAGGGCCCAAGAAGGAGAUCACGGACAUUGCAGCUGCAGCAGAGAGCCUGCAGCCCAAAGGUUACACCCUGGCCACUACGCAGGUCAAGACGCCUAUUCCUUAUCUGCUGCGUGGGACCCUGCGAGAAUAUCAACACAUUGGGCUGGACUGGUUGGUCACCAUGUAUGAGAAGAAGCUGAAUGGCAUCCUGGCUGACGAGAUGGGGCUAGGGAAGACAAUCCAGACCAUCUCCCUGCUGGCACAUCUGGCCUGUGAAAAGGGCAGUUGGGGCCCCCAUCUGAUCAUCGUUCCCACCAGUGUGAUGCUGAACUGGGAGAUGGAGAUCAAGCGCUGGUGCCCCAGUUUCAAGAUUCUUACAUACUACGGAGCACAGAAGGAGCGUAAGCUAAAACGGCAGGGUUGGACCAAGCCCAAUGCCUUCCAUAUCUGCAUCACCUCAUACAAGCUGGUACUGCAAGACCACCAAGCCUUUCGACGCAAGAACUGGAAGUAUCUGAUCCUGGAUGAGGCUCAGAACAUCAAGAACUUCAAGUCCCAACGCUGGCAGUCUUUGCUCAAUUUCAACAGCCAGAGGCGGCUUCUGCUGACUGGGACUCCUCUCCAGAACAGCCUGAUGGAGUUGUGGUCCCUCAUGCACUUUCUCAUGCCCCACGUCUUCCAGUCACACCGUGAGUUCAAGGAGUGGUUUUCCAACCCGCUGACAGGCAUGAUUGAGGGCAGCCAGGAGUACAACGAAAACCUGGUCAAGAGGCUGCACAAGGUGCUGCGGCCCUUCCUCCUGCGGAGGGUGAAAGUGGAUGUAGAGAAGCAAAUGCCAAAGAAAUACGAACAUGUCAUCAAGUGCCGGCUCUCCAAACGCCAGCGUUAUCUCUACGAUGAUUUCAUGGCCCAGGCUACCACCAAGGAGACCUUGGCAACAGGGCACUUCAUGAGCGUCAUCAACAUUCUGAUGCAGCUCCGCAAGGUCUGCAAUCAUCCCAACCUCUUUGACCCGCGGCCCAUCCACUCGCCGUUUAUCACCGAGGGUAUCUGCUUCAACACAGCCUCCCUCGUCUUGCAUGCCCUUGACAACGACCCUUUCAAGCAUGUAGACUUGGGCAUGUUUGACCUCAUCAACUUGGAGGGCCGUGUGUCCCGUUACGAGACAGAUACGUUUCUGCCCAAGUGGAAGGUGACAAGGAAGCUAAUUGAGGAAAUUGCUGAGUCCCCAGACCCUCCACCCAGACCCAAGCCAGUCAAGAUGAAAGUGAACAGGAUGUUGCAGCCAAUGCCCAAGCCGGAAAACCGUACUGUGGUGCUGGUGAACAGCCCUCGCCCUGCAGCCCCCUUGCAGAGACCCAUAGCCCCUGUGCUUUCAGAGCCAAUGACACCAGCUCUGGCCCCCAUCCAGCACCCAGGCCCCAUCUUGCCAGGGCCUGUGCAGCCCCCCACACUCCCAGUCUCAGUCUCACUCCCUGUCGCAGUGUCCGUCCCUAUGCCUCCCUCACCGGUGACCAUGUCAGUACCAGUGCCUCCUUCUGCCAGACCACAGGCCCCAACUCUAGUGCCUCCUCUAAGCCAGAACAACACAGCUGCUGCCCUACUGCAGGCCCAGGCCUCUGCUCCACAGGUCCUGCCCGUGGCGAUGACUGCAGCUCAGCUGGUCUCAAACACUCCUCGAUCCCUCCUACCACCACCUCCUAUUUCAUCCACAACCACCUCCUCACUUAAGCCUGGCAUAAUGUCAACUCCCGUGGGGCAGCAGCAGCAGCCCGCCAACGCACUGGGCAUGCCCCCCGUAGGACAGCAGCAGCCCAGCAGCACACUGGGCAUGCCCCCCGUGGGGCAGCAACAGCCUGCCAACACACUGGGCAUGCCCCCCGUGGGGCAGCAGCAGCCCACCAACACUUUGGGUGUAUCCCCCGUGGGGCAGCAGCCACCUGCCAACACGCUGGGCAUGUUUCCCGUGGGGCAGCAGCCUGCCAAUAUUUUGGGCUCAGCCCAGCAGUCCACCAGCACCAUGGGCACAAGCACCAUUGGGGGCCUGAUGAAGCCUGUGAACAUCCAUUCUGCAGUCCCCACUCUGCCUGGCUACAACUUCGCUGCUGCUGGAGCUCUGCAGCAAAGACUCCUGCUGUCCCCAGAUAUGCAGGCCCGAUUACCCUCGGGUGAAGUGGUCAGCAUUGGACAGCUUGCUUCCCUGGCCAACCGGCCCCUCCAGAGUGCUCCAGGCAGCAAACCCCUCACCUUCCAAAUCCAAGGCAACAAGCUGACCUUGACAGGGACCCAGGUGCGCCAGGUCACUAUGCCUCAGCCAGCCCGACAGCUGCCAAGGAAUGUAGUUCACCUGGUAUCCGCUGGAGGGCAGCACCACAUCAUCAGCCAACCAGCACAGGUGGCUUUGAUCCAAGCUAUGGCUCAGCAGGCUGGGCAGGCCCCGGUUGGGGUGCAGGCUGUGCCAGGCCACCAGCCCCCCACCAUCCUGCCUGUCCCAUCUACCAGCACAGCUGCUGCAGCUGUUGCCUCUACAGCAACCAUCAGUGUUCCCAUUGCUGCCACCCAAGUGCCCUCCUCAGGAGUAAACAGUUCUGGUGUGGUGAAGAUUGUAGUGCGUCAGGCCCCUCGAGAUGGCCUGCUGCCCCCUUCGUCUGGGCCACAGCAGCCACCUCUGCGCCCUGCAACACCCACAACUGCCACCACACUGCCUGGCCUGCCAGCAGCCCUCAUGGCCCAACGAGCCCCGCUCCCUAUGAAUCCUGCGUCACCAGUCAGGCUGCCCGCCCAGCCCUUGAUGCCAGUGAGGGCACCCACGCCAGCUCCUUUGCAGGCUCUUGUGAGGCCUGUGCUGCGAAUGGUACAGGCACCAAAUCCCAGCCUGGAGCAGCAGAUGGUUGCAGCUUCCCCGUCUCCCACAGUGGCUCCAUUUGCUGUCACCCCAGCUGCCACUGUCACUGUCGCUGCCAGCACCUCCCCUACAAUGGCUCUCCAGCCCACUUCAAGCCCAGUGCCCAGGGAGGAACCAGAGGUGUUAACGUUGCGCUCCACAACACCUACACCACCUCCCCCUUCUCUCCUGGCCUCAAGGCCGAGACGACAACCACCGCCCCCACCCCGUUCACCUUUCUAUCUGGAAUCACUUGAAGAGAAGCGGAAGAAGCAGAAGGAAGAGCGCCUUGACCGGCUUUUCCGUCUCAAUGAGCAGCACUGCAAUCUUGCGCCCAUUUACGGCACUGAGGUGCUCCGCUUCUGCACCCUUUUCCCCCCUGCUCCCACCUCCUGGAGGGAGGAGGAGGAGGAAAGCGAGGAGCAAGCAGUGGCAACCCAGGACGUAGAACCAAAGGUCUGGAGAGGGGCUAGCUAUGCACACUGCUAUGCAGCACAGGUGCAAAGGGACCCCCAGAGCCUUGAGAACUACUGGCAGCGGGCAGAAACUUUGACCUGGGCUAUCCUGACACCCCAGCAGCGAAUCGAGCAACUGACAGACAUUAUUGAGAGGUUCAUUUUUGUUAUGCCUCCUGUGGAGGCUCCUGCUAUCACAAUGCAUACCUCUCACCCGCCCCCAUCGCUCCUGCUCCAGCAGGCUGUCUUCAAGGAGACACUACGUCAAGAGCUUUCACCCUCUGCCAGCUGCCUGCAUCGUAUUAUCUGCAAUAUGAGGACUCAGUUUCCAGACCUCCGGCUUAUCCAAUACGACUGUGGGAAGCUUCAGACCUUGGAUAUUCUCCUGCGCCAACUCAAGGCUGGGGCCCACCGCGUCCUUAUCUUCACCCAAAUGACUCGCAUGCUGGAUGUGCUGGAGCAGUUCCUCAAUUACCAUGGGCAUAUCUACCUGCGGCUGGAUGGUAGCACCCGUGUGGAGCAGCGACAGGCCCUGAUGGAACGUUUCAAUGCAGACAAGCGCAUCUUCUGUUUCAUCCUGUCGACACGCAGUGGAGGUGUGGGAGUGAACCUGACAGGUGCUGACACGGUAGUGUUCUAUGACAGUGAUUGGAACCCCACCAUGGAUGCUCAGGCCCAAGAUCGCUGCCACCGUAUCGGGCAGACACGGGAUGUUCACAUCUACAGGUUGAUCAGUGAAAGAACAGUGGAGGAAAAUAUCCUGAAAAAGGCCAAUCAGAAGAGGAUGCUGGGAGAUAUGGCCAUUGAAGGGGGAAACUUCACAACAGCCUAUUUCAAACAGCAAACCAUCCGUGAACUGUUUGACAUGCCACUGGAUGAACCAGCUAAGAAAGAAGGGGAGGUCCCAGCUCUGGCACAGGAGGAGGAAGAGGACCCCAUGGCCACCAAGCAGACACAGAUUCUGGAGCAGGCUCUGUGCAGGGCAGAGGACCCAGAAGACAUCAGGGCGGCCACCCAGGCCAAGGCAGAGCAAGUGGCUGAGCUGGCAGAGUUCAAUGAGAACAUCCCUUUGGAUGCAGAAGACAGGCCUAGCAAGGAAGAAGAGGAGGAGAUGUCUAAGGCCGAGCAGGAGAUUGCUUCACUGGUAGAACAGCUCACUCCUAUUGAACGCUAUGCCAUGAACUUCUUGGAGGCAUCUCUAGAGGACAUCAGUCGGGAAGAGCUGAAGCAGGCGGAGGAACAGGUGGAAGCUGCUCGCAAAGACAUUGACCAGGCUAAGGAUGAGGUGGUUUUCAAACUGCCAGAGGAUGAAGAUGAGAGCCAUCUCAUUGAAGAAGGCUCCAGCAAGAAGAACAAGAAGGCCAAGGGUUCUAGCCGUGCAGCCUCAGAAAGGACAGGCACUCGCAUGAGUGAAAGGCUACGUAGCACCCGCCUCCCACCACGGGAUGGGGACAGCGGAGAUGUAGAGUCUCCACAAGCUAGGCUGCCCAAUCUCAGGCAUUCCCAGGUGGUGACUGAAGAAGAGGAUGAUGGUCUACCCCAAGUGGCACAGCACACCCGAGGUGCUGCUGUACGUAGAGAGUUGGUGCGGGAGGAAACACCCACCCAGGCUGUCAUGCACACUCGCAGGGCUGUUGCUCGCCGAGAGGAGCCAUGGACUAAGGCCCUAACAACUGGGGAGAGAGUGCAGAAAGCAGCCCCCCACAGAACUGAGGCUUCUGCUUCUGGUGACAGGGCUUUGAGAACUAAUCCCCACAGGACAGAAACCCUGCCUGCUGGAGAUAGGUUGCUACGAGCUGCUCCACAGAAACCAGAUCCAGGAGCUGCUGGUGACAAGGUGCUAAAAGGCAGCCCAAGAAUAGACACCCAGCCCACCAGUGAUAAGGUGCCACAAAGUGCCCCACUGAGAGCAAACCUUGGUUUGGAUAAGGUGCUGAGGCCAGGCCACCAGAAAUUUGAGAAGAUCCAAUCCAGCCCACCUGGGCCUGAGGCACCAACACCUGAGGCACAGGUUUCCCAGCUGCAUCCAGAGGGUCUUGGCAGGGAGGCACUCAAGUUAAAAGCAGAUAUUAGCAGGCGGGAAGAGGCUGAAACUCCUCAGCCGAAUCCAUCACCCCCUAACUUUCAAGCGAUCAAGAAUGUACCAAAUGUGGAAGUAUCAGCAUUCCAGGCACAAGAUGUUUCAGUGGUUGAGGAGAAGCUGCUGGAUACACAGACACCACCUGACACUAGAAAGGCUGUUGUAGAAGUCCCAGCUGCUAAAGAGAAGGCACCAAGCCCACUAACUGUAGUUGCUCCUGCAGAGGUGCCUUGUGAAAACAAACCUGAAGUUGCUUGCAUGGUUGGUCUCCUAUUGGGUGAGCAAAAGCAGAGCAUGCCCAAACCAGAUGAGAGUGCCAUUUGCAGCACUGCAGAACAGGAAGCACUGAACUCUUUGGCUGAUGCACUCAGGCAAGAGGCUGCCCAAGAGACAGCACCUUCCGAUGGUGCUGAUAGAUGCUCAGAAGAUAUCUCCUUGGAAACCACAGAUGGAGCUGUAUUUGAGUCAGUCGGUGAGAUCACCAAGACUGAGACACCUCUGCCUGGUUACCCCACGACUUCCCUGGGCCACCCCACAACAGUUGCUAGCUCCCUCCUUCAGCUAGAAGCUCUGCCCCGUGUCAAGGAACAGAAUGGUUUAGAGCAGCCUCCCAGAGCUGGAGAUUUGCCUUGCUCCAUUUCCAACUCGCUUGAUGAGCCCCAACCUGAAAUGUCACCCAUAGAAACAGCAUUCCCCAAACCGGAAAUGGCUAGCAAUGAAACCAACAGCCUCAAGGAGUCACCCAAGCAGGGAGAAGGGGUGAUGGGAAAGAAGAUGCAGGGUGAAGAGCAGCAAAAUAGAGAAAUGGAGGUUAUUCCCAUUUGCCCAGCAGCCACCUCUUCACAGGAGACUCCAUCAGCAACAGUGAUCUGUUCUGGAGCUCUCUCUCCAGAUAAGAGUCUGUUGCCAGUCAAACCCCCCCGCCGUCGCACCAGUGCUGAUGUGCAGAUCCGUCAGAGCUGUCAAGAUCAAGAUGGCCCCGCCGCCAAAGUCUUGCGCAAGCUGCCAGGUCGCCUGGUCACGGUGGUUGAGGAAAAAGAACUGAUUCGGCGUCGCCGAAAUCGUACACGCAAGUUGGACUCUGCCAACAGCACCGUGGUGAGUCCCAGUAACAGCUCGGCUCAGAGUGUGUCGGAGCCAGAGACCUCCCCCUCUGGCAAAGAGUUGCCAUUGCUCCGUGACUUGCCUGCCCGUCGGAGAAUAGAACUGGAGAGCCGGGCAGCGGCCAAGGAGAAAGACGAUGGUCCAAGAGUAGAGCCACUCAUUAGCUCUUCCACUGAGCCUGUCAAACGCAAACGGGGUCGUCCCCCCAAGAACAAGUCCCCUGAGCAGUGGAGUCCAGGAUUUCCCCGGCCCCUCCCUGAGCCAGCCCUGGAGAUCAGUCUCCAAAGUAAGGCACCAGAGAGGAAAGUGCCUGAGACCCAACCCCCAAGCAAGGCCCUGGAGAGGAAGGUGCCUGAGACUAGCUCUCCCAAGAGUGAGUCUCCCAAGAUUAAGACCGAGAAUAGUGAAAAUGACUCUCCUGUGGAAAAGCGAAGACGUGGCCGGCCUCCCAAGAUACGGGAGUCCCCUAUCAUAUUUCCCAAGCCUUCUCCUUCUGAAAUGCUGCCAGCCCCACCCAUGAAACCUCUGAUCACAGAGUUACCCCCUAAGGUGCAUGAGCAGCUGGACAUGCCCCCUAGGCCUUCCUCAGUGACGGAGGCAACAGCUACAGUUCAUGAGUCACUGGUCAUACAUCCCAAAUCAACUUCCACCUCAAAAACAUCACCUAAGGCACGGAACCGAAUGUCCAUGCAUCCCAAAUCCACUUCAAUGUCAAAGCCUACUCCUAGGGCACUAGAGCUGUUGGCUGCUCUCCCAAAGCCUCUUUGCAGAUCAUCCACAGAAGUGUGUGAACCACUUUCUACUCUCCCUAGAGCUGUCACUACAACAGAAACCUCCUCUGAGCUGCAAGAGCUCCCAUCUCCACACCCUCUGCCCUGCACAUCAUCCAAAGCUGCCCUUACUUCUCCAGCAGCAGAGACUCCACCCAAGCGGAAGAGGGGUCGACCCCCAAAGAACCCACCCUCUCCUCGUGUGGAGGCAGCACCACCUCCUGUCUCAACCUCUGACCAAGAGACCUCUAUGGAGAAGCAAGCCCCAGCGCCUCCAGUCCGCAAGCGGCGGAGGCGAAGGAGAAAGGAUGAACUAGGCCCUUCACUACCUAGUGUCAACCAGAGUUCAUCUGAGGGCGAGGACACCCGCCCGCUCACCAGACUAGCUCGGCUCAAGCGUGAGGAAAAGCCAGAGUCUGGUAGUGAGGGUUUAGCUCAGGCCUCCCCGAAGCCCAUUGCCACGGAGGGUGCCUCCUCAGCAGAGAGCAGUACUUGGGAACAUCCUUCUGGUGAUGCCCCUGCCCGCUCUACCCGCCUACGGCCCGGCAGCCUUGUUCCGCCACUAGUACGGGAGACCCAGCGACGGAAGCGGCGCUGCUCCUUGGAGGGCAGCCGGGUGAGCAACAGCAGCAAGUCGCCUGCUCCCCAAGCCGUUUCGGAGCAGGAGGGUGGGGAGUCGGAGUCCUCCCUGCGAUCCUCCUCAGAGUCAGGCAGUAACAAGUGUGCCCAGCAGUCCAAGCGCCGAUGCUGUGAAUCUGCAGGGAGGCGUGGCAGAGGAAGGGGGCAGCGGCGGCACCAUGGUGGCUUGGCUGACCGCAUCCUCCGCAGCGCGGCUAAGCCAGCUGACAGCACCCGCUCAGGCUCCUCCCCUGUCCCAACCAGGAAAACGGGCACUGCUUCCAUGUCGGCUGGGGGUGUCACUGUAGGGCCCCCUCCCUCAACUUCCGCCUCCCCAGCCACCCCAGUUACCUCUUCAUUAAGUAACAGAGGCCGCAAGCCCAAGACGUGACCACAGAGCAAGAAGUUCUGAUGUAACUUCUCUGUGGGGAUAGAUCAGUGGCAGUCUCUCCCCCCCGCCCCCUUUGCACCAUACGCAGAUUUAGCCCCCGCCCUCCCCUCACUCUUAUUCCUCCCCUUCACGUGGGGGACAACCGAUGGGGGCUCACAGAUGCCCACCCAGCUCCCGGCAUUCCAGACUUGACUGUUAGAAUACUACUUGAAAGGAGGAGAAUGGCGAGGGCGGCGGCGAUGGCUCGUUCCCUGUUGCUGUCUCUGAGUGGUGCGAGGGACGCUGCUGCUGAAGUUGCUCGUUCUCUGGGUGUGUAGCUCAGCUGCUCCAUCAUGAGGGGAGAUGACAGGCCCAGCACUUCCUCGAUGAAUUCUGCUACUUUCUGGUCAUGGGGAGCAGCUUGGAAGGGCAGUGGCCCAUGGAGUGACACUACGGGGCUCGCUUGUGCCACCACUGAAUGCCCCACCAGUUCAGUACCACUUUGGGAGGUCUCCGUCUAGGCUUUCUUCAGGCGCUUACAUCCUUUAAAAAACGAAUUACAUUUUGGGGUUAGGUGUCCUUUCCUUUCCCCCCUUGCCCUCAAGCUCACAGGGGGUGCCCUUCUGAUUUAUAACACAAUUAGCUCUUACUUUUUUAAUGGCUUUGGGUUGGUUUUUAAAAUGACAGUGACCAAAUGCUGGGUCCCCUUCUCUGGCUUUCCCUUUUGUCUCCUUGCUUUUUCCAUCCACAGCUUAGGGCCCUCUUGAGGCACAAGGAGGUGGGAGACUUGACUCCUCAACAGGGGUGCAAAGCCCACCCCUGCUUGUGCACUCGCCUCUUGCACCACCACCAGGAGCAACCGUCUUCUUUUUAACGAUGUAUAUUGGCGCCUCCUCGCUGCUCUGAGGACUCUCGGUGGACUUCUGAAUGGGGUCAAAUCCCUCUCCCUCUCCCUGCUCCCUUUCUCCUUUGUGUACAGCUCUUGUUGUAAAAUAGGUUCUUUUGAACAUAAUCUAUGCAAAGAUUAUUUUGUAUAGGGGAGCACAACGUUCCCUCCCCUCCCCCACUGCAGUGGGAUUAAGGGGUGGCAGUGGUUCUCUGGUUUUUUGGGGGGAGGGGGUGCAGUUGGGGUGGAGGGGGAGGUGUUCCCAUGGAGCUGUCUUUCCUACUGAAGCAUGUUCAGAACUUGUACAGAAGACCGAUGUAAUCUUUCUUCAGAAUAAUGCUAUGAAUAAAGUGUUAAAAAGAAAAAAAAGAAAAACCAACAGCACACCAGAAGGGUCUGUGGAGUCCUUUUUGGCAAGUGGAGCCUCCUGCUCUCCCUUUGCUUGCUUCAGUUGCCUUGGCACCCAAGCCUGCGUGGCGUGUUCUCCUGCAUAUCGGUGAGCAGGUUUUGCUCCUCCUACUUGCUCCAAAGACAGAGCCAAUCAGCUUUAGUAGCUUGAGCCCACCCAUGCCCUGUUCUAGCCCUCUCCCUCCAAAGAGCAGGCUUGUAACUGAGCUCUCGAGCUUUUCUGUUACUUUCUGCUGUCUGUCUCCACAGAUUUCUGGACAAGAUAGUCUGGACAGCAAGGAGGGUGGUGGUGGUGACGAUGAAGAAAAUCCUGCCACCUUCCACAAUGUUGGCAGUGAGAGAGGAAGGCCCAGGAUUGGGCAAAGCCACCUUUUGUGACGAGCCAGGUCCAUUCCUCACGCAGAUAUCCUGUUAAAAGGGGAAAUGAUAUAGAGCCAGUGCAGAAAGAAAAGGGGGUGGGUGGAGUUGUCCCCCAGUCACUUUUGCAAGUGUAGCGCCCCCUGCCCCCCCAGCAUGUCUCCAGAUAGGCUGUAAGCCUCCACAUUCCUCCUCUUCUCUUCUGCUCUACAGCUUGAAUGUGGCUUGUAUGCUUGGUUCACAUGUUCCCUCAGCUGGAUGGAGGCAAGUCUUCUGCUGUAUUAUUGUGUAACAGAGGAAGCACUCUUCCAUCCGUCAGAACAGUUGGCCGAUAGAGUUGAUAGCAAGCAUGACUUGUCCCCUUAGCUAAGCAGGGUCUACCCUGGUUGCAUAUGAAUGGGAGACUAGAAGUGUGAGCACUGCAAGAUAUUCCACUUGAGAUGGAGCUGCUCUGGGAAGAGCAGAAGGUUUCAAGUUCCCUCCCUGGCAUCUCCAAGACAGGGCUGAGAGAAAUUCUUGUCUGCAGCUUUGGAGACGCUGCUGCCAGUCUGUGAAGACAAUACUGAGCUAGAUAGACCAAUGGUCUGACUCAGUAUAUGGCAGCUUCUUAUGUUCCUAUGAGUCAUGGGCUGUUGGUUGCCUCUUCUGACUCCUUUCUCAUCACAAAACUUCCUUCACUGUACAGUGAUGGUCUUGGUAGUAGCUUACCCAACUGAGCAAUGGGCUGGUCAUGCAUUUUUUGUUUUGCUGGGGAAAGGAAUGAGGGCUCAUCUGAAAUGUGCCCUCAUCUCAAAAGUCUCUAGUUGCCUCACUUCCCAAAGUCAUCCCUUGCUCCCAAAGUACGGUGAGCAAAGUGCCAAAAGGGGAAAGAGGGUUUCUUGGUUGUAACAGCUGCUUUAAACCAUCCAGGGUUUGUAUUGCCUCUGUACUUACGAAACAUAAUAAAUUGGGAA